CAAGGCAUUCUCCUUCUUCAUGAGGCUAAACAAAACAAAAUCCAAACCCUAGAGGAGACACUAGAAGUUGUUUUCUUCUCAGUCGAUGCUCCGAAUUGAAGAGCUAAUUGAAAGAGGAAGAAGAAGAGGGAGAGGAGAGGGUCGGUUCGUUAAAUGCUCUCUCUCUUCUUCAAAUAUAAAACAAUCUUUCUUCAUCUUUUCAUGUCUUCAAUCAACACUCUUUCUUUGCCUGCUUCUGCUGCUCUAGGGUUCUCUCAAACCCUAGUUUCAUUUGUUUCCUUUCCCUUUUCUAUACCUCUCGCGUUCUUUCUCUUUAAUCGUUGUCACAUAUCUAGGUUUCGUUCUGUUUCUAAGGUUUACGUCGCAUUUAAAACAUGACUGAUUCUAAGGUACUAGUGUUUGGGUCAUUCACUGAAGAUGAAACAAGGUCAUGGCAGGUGAAGAGAUCAUCUGGGAGUGCUAAAAAGCCUGUUUUGUCUGGGAGAGCUGAAAAGCCCGUGGAUGAGAAAGAUUUGCUGGUUGGUUCUUCUGAUUUGACUGAAGGUUCUUUGAGUGGUUUGAAUGGUGAACCAAGUAGACAGUUGGAUGCUGCUAACGGGGCAGUUGUUCUUCAGCCCUCAAUUCCAGUUAGGAAGGAUGAUAAAGUGAAGAUUGUAAAUGCACCAAGUAAUCACUUUCCUAGAGUUUUAGAGGGCACAAUAGAAAAUGGAAAUAUUAAGAAUUCUACUAAUGGCUCUGCCCUCACUAAUGGUGUUAAAGAACUGAAAGCAGAUGGUGUUGAUUUAACCUCAUUAAACUUAUCUCAGAAUGAAGGCAGUCAUAUAUAUUCACACCCAAGUUCAAAAUUUCAUGUCCUUGAUGUUGCAAGUGUGAAGGAUGGGUAUCAGAAUGGGGCGUCAUAUGGUUCAUCAUUAUCCGUGUCGAAACAAGAGUUCUAUAAGACAACUAUUAAGCCUGUUAAAAGUGGUAGAGACAUACUGCCUCGAGGUUUAAUCAAUUUGGGAAAUUUAUGCUUUCUUAAUGCAUCUUUGCAGUCUCUAUUGUCAUGUUACCCUUUUGUUCAGCUCUUGCAUGGACUUAAAGUUCGUGACAUACCAAAGGUUGGAUAUCCCACGUUAACUGCAUUUUUUGAGUUCAUCUCUGAAUUCAGCACACCCUCUAGUCCAAGGAUGAAGAAGAAAGAUGCAGCUUAUGUUGAAACUGGGAGGCCCUUUAGUCCUGCUAUGUUUGAAUCUGUUCUUAAGAGUUUUACUCCAGAUGUGCCAAGCAGCAUAUCUGGCAGACCAAGGCAGGAAGACGCACAGGAGUUUCUAAGUUUUAUAAUGGAUCAAAUGCAUGAUGAAUUACUUAAGCUUCAAGGACAGAUUGCUAUUUCCAAUGGAGCCAAGUCAUCACUUGUCUCUGCUGCAGAAGAUGAUGAAUGGGAGACAGUUGGCCCAAAGAACACAUCUGCUGUGACAAGAACACAAAGCUUUGUUCGUUCAGAGCUUAGUGAUAUUUUUGGAGGACAAUUGAAAAGUGUAGUCAAGGCAAAAGGAAAUAAAGCUUCUGCUACUGUUCAACCAUUUCUCUUGCUCCACCUUGAUAUUCAUUCAGAAUCUGUUCGUACAAUUGAGGAUGCACUUCAUUUGUUUUCUGCACCAGAAAAUCUUGAGGGGUAUCGAACAUCAGCAGCUGGGAAGGCGGGAGUUGUGACAGCUAAAAAAUCUGUUAAGAUACAGACUCUGCCAAAGAUAAUGAUAUUGCACCUGAUGCGAUUUAGUUAUGGAAGCCAGGGGAGCGCCAAGUUGCUUAAACCUGUGCAUUUUCCACUUGAAUUGGUCCUGGGUCGAGAACUGCUGGUUACUCCAUCUGCUGAGGGCCGAAAAUACGGACUUGUUGCGACAAUUACCCACCAUGGAAGAGAGCCUUCAAAAGGGCAUUAUACCGCAGAUGCUCGUUAUUCUAACGGGCAAUGGCUACGUUUUGAUGACGCCAAUGUGAAUGCCAUUGGGACAAGCCAGGUAUUGCAUGACCAAGCGUAUGUCCUAUUCUACAGACAGGUAGAGAAGGCUGCAGAGGAGUUUUGUCAUCCAGGAUAAAGACAAAGGAGAAGUCCUUUAAAAUACUAAAUACCAGGUUGUCGAGGGAAACCUCUUUUGUGAAAUUGCUUUUUAUGUCACCUAUGAAUGUAUGGUUCCUCCGUUAUGAAUGCUCGUUGCAAUUCGCAACUGAUUUGCAGUUUUGUUUUAUACGAAUUUGAGAAUUUACAGAA